AGAACUUCCGUUGGAUUCAAGAUGCGCGCAUUUAUUGUUUUAUGCUUAGUGGCUGUUGCCAGCGCCGACAAGCUGGGCUACAACUAUCAGCCAGUUGGUCACUCCGACUCCGGCCUCUCCUUCAGCCCGGGCAGCGGCAGCCUCGGCGGUGGCAGCAUUGGUGGUGGCAGCAUCGGCAGCCUUGGUGGUGGCAGCAUCGGUGGUGGCAGUAUCGGCAGCAUUGGUGGUGGCAGCAUCGGAGGUGGCAGCAUCGGUAGCCUUGGUGGUGGCAGCAUUGGAGGUGGCAGUCUUGGCGGUGGCAGCCUUGGAGGUGGCAGUCUUGGAGGUGGCAGCCUUGGAGGUGGCAGCAUCGGCGGAGGUCUUGGCUUGGGCAAUCUCGGUGGCUUGUCAGGCGGCUCCCUGGAUUCCCCUGUUAACUACAACGCACCUGCCCCAGCUGCUGAAUUGGAGAAGGAGUUCUUCACCUACAGCGCUAACGAACAGGACUUUGAUGAGCCCCAGGCUUUGGAAAAGGUUUCAGGAUCUUUGAACAAGGGACUGCGUGUGAUCUUCAUUAAGGGACCCGAAAACCGUGGCCUGGAGAAUGCUGCUCUGGCUCUGGCCAAACAGGCUGCCCAGCAGGAGACCGCCAUCUAUGUGCUCAACAAACAGGCUGAUAUUGGUGAUCUGGCCAACAAACUCAAUGCUAUUCGCAGCAACAACAAUAACAAGCCCGAGGUCCACUUCGUCAAGUACCGCACCCCUGAGGAUGCUGCCAAUGCUCAGCGCGCCAUCCAGUCCCAAUACGAUCAAUUGGGCGGCUCCAGCCGUGCUGCCGAUGGUGGUGUUGCUCCCGUGCUUAACUUUGCAUCGCAAGGACCCGCUCGUCCCGUCAAUGCCAAGGCCCCAGGCAAUGCUUAUUUGCCGACUUCGAUCUUCCGCCGUGUCUAA